GAAAAGCUUAGGAGUUAUACAUGGGAUGCUAAAGCAGUGAUAGCUUUGGCGGCAUUUGCUUUGGACUACGGUGAAACAUGGCGCCUUUCACUGAUGAAAGCAGCAAGCAAGGAAAACGGAUUGGAGCUUCAUGUGUUCAGGCUCGGAGAAUUUGAUAAUCCCAAACAGCCAAAUGCUGACCUUAUCAGCACUCUGGUUGAUCGCACUUUGCAACUCAUUGAGGGUAUCAUUAAGUUGGAGAAACUCAUUGCUAACAAAGCUUAUAGCGCAAAGGAUGUUCCUGCUUUGUAUAAAGCUCCUCGAGAUCUUUAUACUUAUUGGGCAAUCUUAUCCCUUCUAGCUUGUGCUAAUCAGAUGACUGAAUUGGACUGGCACAUCAAAUCUGAAGUGGUUGGGAGGCUCAAAAUUGUUCUGACACAAUUGAAUGCUGAUCUGGAUGAAAUCAAAAUCCAAAUAGCAAGUAUAGAGGAUUUGACAUGGCGCUUCACUGUCUUCCAAACUUAUUCAGGAAUUUUGGAGCUUUUAAAAGCUCUGAUAUUCCCCAGAGAUAUUAAGCAACUCGAAAUCUUCGAUAACACUGCUCAAGAGUUGGUUAACCACGAAGUGCUGAAGACAAAGAACCUACUAUUGUUCAUUUCUGGUCUUGACAACAUUGAAGAUGAGAUUUCGGCUAUAAAGUCAAUUCACGACUCAUUGACCAAAGACAAAGAUAAACAGGAUUAUAAGAUAUUGUGGAUUCCGGUUGUGGAAAAAUGGAACAACGAUGAGAAGAGUAAGUUUGAGAAGUUGAAAUCUCUGAUGCCAUGGUACGUUGUGCACUACUUUUCACUUAUAAAAGGUUUCAAAGUCCUACAAGAGGAGUGGAACUACCAGGGUAAGCCUAUUGUGGUGGUAACCAAUCCUCGCGGGGAGGUAAUUAACAGAAAUGCAUUGCAUAUGAUUUUUGUGUGGGGCAUUAGAGCUUUUCCCUUUGGAGUUGGGGACAUUGACAAACUUUCCCAGCACUGGAAUUGGUUUUGGACCGAGGCAUUUAAGAUUCAUCCCACUAUUGAACUAUGGGUGACCCAGGAGAACAAGUAUAUCUUCUUUUAUGGAGGUACGGACAUCAAAUGGACACAAACAUUUGGUUCUCUUGUGGAUGACAUAAAAAAGGAUCCAAUUAUGAAGGAGACAGACACUUACAUAGAGCAAUUCAACCUGGGAACAGUUGAUAGUAACAUUACAUCCAAGUUCUGGGUGAACAUAACCAACUCGUUUCUGAGCAAGAUUCAAAAGGAUCACUUUGAGGUUGAUCUUGUCCUCAAAGAUAUACAGACUUUGCUCUCUAUGCAAACUGAGAAGGGAUGGGCUCUUUUGAGUAAAGGGAAGAAUGUACUAGUUAUUGGUUACAAUGAGUCGAUGGUGAAAGUUCUAGAAGACUUCAAAAAGUGGAAGACUAAUGUGGUGGAGUUACAAGGCUUUGACAAUGCAUUCAAACACUACUAUGACCAGAUCAGUACAACCCUUCCUCUUCAUUGUGUCCACUUCCAUUUGGAAAAUAUUCGCUCUGGAGUCCCAUUGAGCAUGGGUUGCCCAGCACCAUCCUGUAAUCUGAAAAUGGAGAUUGAAUCUGUGAAUUACAAGUGCUGCCAUGGGAUACAUUAUGACCAUAUCACUGAAAAUGGUGAAGCUCCCACACUGGUGCCGAAGACCAAUUAA